AUGGCACCUGUUGCCGUGAAAAGUGCAUUUCUAAUCCUUUUUUGCGGUCUUUUUUCAGCGCUGCUGUCACUGGCUCAAGAUGUCAAACCGCCCGCCACCGUGACCGCCGCCAGAGAGUUCUUUCCGACAAGCGGACCUGAGCCUAGCUCCCCCGCCACGGCAACCUCGACCGCCAGCUCUACGACCGGCCCCGCAUCACCGACGACUGGCGUCCCAUCUACCAUCAACGCCACGACCCAGCACGCCCCCUCAACAUCCAACGCCACGACGGCGCCGACUCCCCGCUCCAGUACGACCGCCGGCCCUCCGCCCGAGCCCACGCCGCCAGACCACCUCAGCGCGGGAGACUACCGUCUCCUGAAGAAUAAUUCCGUUUGCGUGAUGGCUCACGCGGCCUUGCAGAUCCGACUCCAAACGUCAAAGGCCAGCGGGACGUUCGCGGUGCAGCCGAACAAGACGCGGGCCGUCGGGGAGUGUCGGGAAAACGGGGCCAACCUUACGCUGGUCUUCCCGGAGGGUUUCGUCACCUUUCUGUUCAACAAGAGCACAGAGGAAAACAUCGGCUACGUCCACACUUUGACAUUCCGUCUGGUUUACCCUUUAAGUACAGCGAGCGGACAGUUUUCUGCCAGCAACCAUUCCUUGCGCGUCUUGUCCGCCAAGAUCGGCCACUCGUACUCGUGCCGGAGCGACUCCUUUUACAUGGGGAACGGAUUGUAUCUGGACGUCAAGGAUGACCGCGUGCAGGCCUUCGAUUUUUCCAAGAGUAACGAGUUUGGCGUCCCCGACCUCUGCGCGGCCGAUCGGCCCGAUUACGGCGUGGCCAUCGGGGUAGGCGUGACGUUGCUGGUACUCAUCCUGGCGGUGGUGGCGAUCUACCUGCUGGGCCGCCGGAGGAGGACGGACGGCUACCAGGCGCUGUGA